AUGACCAUGCAAAACCAGAUACACGAGCUUGCAAAGACGCUGCCUCCUCCAAGGAAACAAAACACCGCUUGCGACGCCUGCAGGACAAGGAAAGUUAAAUGUAACAGAUUCCCGGGCCAGGACAAGUGCCAGCAUUGUCUGUCUAAAAAUUACCCUUGCACGUCAGUCUUCCGGCACUUUGUACAGCAGGCAACUAGCGAGAAGAAGAGAAGCUCUGCAAUCUCUCGGAGACCUAGACAACUAAGCUCCGCUGGAUCAACUCCCACAUCACCUACACCUUUAAAAUACGCCUCACCCCCCGAAAAGGCCCCCGUACUUACAUCUCCACAUAUAACAAACGGGUUACAUUUACCUCUCAUGGUUAGAUAUGGUUUUUACCCACCCAUAACUCUCUCCACACCCACUAGGGAGGUUCUGUCUUUUGUUUUCGCUCCACCAGAUAAUCCCAACCCUAUUGACAAGGUGGCAUUUUCGCCGGGCCGUCCAAAGUCCCCAUACGAAGCUUGGGGAGAACUGGCAUCAAAAUUGGAGGACGACAAUUUCAGAGCUGAGUUCGCUCUCGACCUUGUUGAAGUGUUUUUCCAGAUCGUCCACACCCGCCUACCCCUUCUUAAUCCCGCACAAUUCCGGAAUCGCCUGCAAUUGCAGGGUAAUUCCACCGACGAUAAACCUUUACAUCCUGCACUGGUCGCGACCGUACUGGCCUGGGGUACAAAGUUUUCCGAGCACCCAUUAUUAGUUGCGGACCGUCGGCGCCCGGGCGGUCAAAGUCUCAUCGCCAAAACGCUCAUUGAUCGUGCGCGAGAUCUAGCGGAAGCUUUGAAAGUUCAUCGAAUUCCUUCACCUGACCACGUAGUCAUUUCGCUUCUUAUCGAACCGCUCCAAAGCCAAACUCCAGAUGAUCCCAAUGGGUAUCACGGUUUCUGGCUGACCGCCGCCACACGCCACCUACUGGAUCUCAACAUCAACCACAAAUCUGUGAUGGCGACCAUACUAGAUCCGGAAAGUCGUGGGACAAUGAUUUUCGCAUGGUGGAUGGCGUGCAUAUGUGACGCCUACGGUUCCGCUUAUUAUCGUCGUAAACCCAUCCUAGACGAUGACGACUAUGAUAUCGAUUUUUACGUUGUCGAUUCCGUGAGUGCGGAGAUGAUGGAUACGCAUAGUCAGACUCCUUCGCCAAGAGAACAGUUAGAGUUUCUGGGUUACUACCGAGCCGCUCACUCCCUCGCUCGGACCGUCCGUCAAAUGUCGAGACAGUUAUGGAAGCCAGUUACAGAGUCCGAUGGGAUACCUUACGACAAUUUGGUAGCCUUUACAACGGCGUUGGUAGAAUGGCGGGAUGAGUACUUGUCCAUGGUUGGCGUUCCGACCAACUUUGAAGGGACAUGGGACUUUGUCUCUGCAGUUUCCUCAUGCGCAAGUGACGCCACAUACCACGUUAUAUGGAUCAUUUUAUUCAACGCAUUGGACGACUUUGGAGUCAAAGAAACGAACGGCGCAACACAUGAACAAAUUGACGCGGCUAAGCGGAAGAUAGCUGAUGAAGCCCUACACGGUGCAUUGCGCAUCGCCGGCUUGGCUGGCGUACUCACGUCCAAUGGUUACCUGAGAUUAGAUCCAGCAGUCAUGCACGUCAGCUGCAUCCAAGCCGGAACCCUGCUUGCCCGCCUCGGACGCCCAGAAGUAUCAAACUGUAUUGCUGGUCUAGAUCAAUACAGUCACUCCUACGAAGAGGCAGGCGACCAGGCGAACGAGAUGCGGCGUUCCUUCACCCAUGCGCGGAAAGGAGUGAUAGAGCUGAACCACAUGUCCAGCGUCACGCCACGCCCUGUGGCGUCGCCUUCUGCUAUGGUAGUGGACGAUCACGACAUCAUAGGGACGAAUGGAACGUCGAAUGGGUUCUCAUCGCCAGAAAGUUACUUGUAUGGUCGGUAG